AUGAACGGCAAUGACAAGUUUAUGCAAAAUCAGCCUCAGACAAAACAAACCAGCGAGUCUGAGAUGGACUAUGCCGAGGAUCUUGGCAAGUGGACCUCAGAGAUUAACCAGAGAGAUCAAGAAGCCAAGCUUGCGAGAGAAGUAAAAUCUCCAAACAAAUAAGUUGCCUCCCAUCAGAAGCAGCAAGCUGGAAGAAGAAAGGGUUAAAAAUAAUGAAGAAGGUAGUUACUUAGAUACCCUACCUAGGAACGAGCACGCUCAUGAAGAAGAGGAUAAAACUCCUCAUGGUGAUCAGAAUUUUCAGAGAGACAGCACCCCAAUGCCUAAAUAUUACAAAAAUUGGGAUAACUUUGACGAGGUUGAAGCUAUUAGGAAAACGGAAGGCCUUCAACUAACCAUGCUAUUUCCUGAAUAUGAAGGGCUUACAGUCGAAGAGAUCAAGCAAAAAGAAAAAGAGCGAUUGCAAAAAAAAACAAGAGGAGCAAAGCCUAAUACAAAAAUCAUGAUAAAAGGAGGAAAUAAUCCGAUUUCUCAAAUAGAUAUAGAGCAUAUGAGGAUCCAAGGGAACAGUUUCUUCUCCACUCUUGAGUUUGAAAAGGCAAUUGAAUGAUACACCAAGUGAUUGACGAUGGAUCUAGAAGAUAAAAAUAUUAAAGUAGACCUCUACUCUAACAGAUCUCAGUGAUAUCUAAACCUCAAGAACUAUGCUGAUGCAGAGCAAGAUGCCCUCUCAGCUCUAAAAUUAGACAGCUUACAUGAGAAUUCGCUAUUUAGGUAUGGAACUGCUCUAUAUUGUCUGAGGCAAUACAAGUUAGCAAAAUUACAAUUUGAAAAUCUCUUACAAAUCGAUCCACAUAGCAAGAACGCUCAAGAAUAUCUCCAUUACAUUGAGGAAAAGUUAUCCAAUAUAAAAAUAGAAGCAGAUGAUAAACUCUGGCAAAAUGAAACACUCAAACAGAGUCAAGAAACCAAUCUUGUCCAGAAAGUUGCUCAGAACCUUCCAAAAGCUUCUGAAGCAAUCCUAGAAAAUAAAAAUACUACAACUUCUGAAGAAAUCCCAGCUACCACUAAAGAAGAGUCCAGAUUGCAAUUCCUUCCCAUAGAAAAUUUUAGCUUAAUAAAGCGUGAAGAUUCAGAAGAGAAAAAGAUGGAUGAAUUUUUCGAAACCAAUGAAGAAGAGAUUACAAAACUUGAAGAAGAACGAAAAAUUCAUAAUAACAGAAAUUCCUCUAAGAACACUCGAACAGAUCAAAAUUAUGAGGACCAGAAGAUCUCCAAACAGGAGGGCAUAAAUGUCCAAUCUGGUGAGGAAGGACCAAGGCUGGAAUUACCUGGCACAGAUCAUGAAGAGCGUAAGGUACUUCCUAAGCUCUCUUUCAUACAAGAACCUGAAGUCCAACAAGUCAUUGACAACAAGCCAAGGAUAAAUUUUUCCUUUGGUGACAACGAAGUUAUCGAAAUUGAAGGUGAAGAGCAAGAAUCUCCUACUCAGGGAGCUGGAACUCCUGAACAGUUCAAUGAAGGGCCUCCGAAGCUCAGCCUCUUCGGCUCUGCUAACAAAAUCCACCUGAGCCUGGAUAAAGAAGGAAUUAAUUUAGUUAGCGGACACGAGAUUCGUAAAGAGAUAGAUACCAGCCCUGUGCGUAGAAAAAUCAGAGAAGAGUGUAAAUAAGGUGAAGCAGACUCUCGAAUACAACCCUACAGAAGAACACUUGCAUGUAGUUAAGAGUGAAGAGGGAAGAUUCUACAGCAUCAGAUUCCAAAAACACAACCAGACAAAAUCCAUUCUCAAGAAAAGAGAUAGUGAAUCAAUCACUGAUCAAUCAAGCGUCGUGAACUUCGAUUUCAAUGAUAAUGAAAUCAGAGAUUUCAAUAAGAAUGACAAAUUGGAUUUAAGAGUGCUGGACAAACAUCUUUCAGUUGAUCAAGCUAGAAAUCGAAUGAAAAAGAAAAAUAAUAGCCUUAUUGGAAGCAAGAGUAUUUCGGGGGGAAUUGCUUCAAAAUCACCCAUGACAUUCGCAGAUAUUGAUCAAAUGGAUGUAGACGAUAAUUUCGACUCAGAUGAUGACCAUGAAGCAUGAAAUGCUCCUUCUACAAGGAAAUCUAAUUCAGAAAUCCGGUUUGAUAAUAAUAGUCCCUUCAUUGGAGACUCUAUAGUCUCCUUCUCAGAGAAAGCAUCUGGCUUCAUGAAAGAAAAGGAGGAAGUCAAGCUUGACCUUGAAAUACCUACAAAAUCAUCACAGUUGGAAAAGGAUAUGAGAAGUUUAAAAAGCGAUUUGGAAUCGCAAAGAGAAUAUUUAUUAAAAAUCAAGCCUUCUUCUCUCCCAUCGAUUUUCUCAGACUCCAUCGAAUGAAGCUCUGUUAUACAGAUCUCGAAGGCUUUCUGACAAGGAUCGAAGAAGUGGAUUCGGAAAAACUGAAACUAUCUGGUAGAUUUCUACUCAAACAUGUCUAAAAUAAACAGGUUUGAAGUUACAAUAGAGUCACUUUCUGAAGAGGAAAAAUCUGACAUUUACGCAAUCACGACUGAGCUUACAAACAUCCUAGAAGAACGUAAGAAAGAUCCUGAUGGAUCCCAAGGCAAGAGGGAAACACUUGAGAAGAAACUCAAUACUUUUGUUGACCUUUUUAACUAAUUUUUUAUGGCAUCAGUUCUCUCA